AAGUUAAAGAAGGUUCAAAUGGUUGUAGAGGGGAAGUUGAUGUGUGCAAGAGAGAUAUAAUAAGGAGGGAGAAAGGAAGAGGUCCCAUCAAAUUUUUGCGUUUGUUGAGAAAUUGCGAGUAACUGAAACCACCGGACGAACACACAGUAAUACACAAUACAAAACCAAACCAAAUCUCAAGGCCUCACAAUCAAACACCAACAACAAGAAGCAGAGCAAAUAGGAAGAGACCCACAUCCAGAUUUCAAUCAUAUUCUCAAAGCCACCAAUUAUGAGUGGUGCUGCUCUUCUCAAAUCCUCCGCCUCUGAAUUGGACUUAGAUCGACCCAAUAUCGAAGAUUACUUGCCUUCCGGAUCCUCUAUCCAAGAACCCACUGCCAAGCUUCGCCUGCGUGAUUUGCUCGAUAUUUCUCCCACCCUUACCGAGGCUGCUGGUGCUAUUGUUGAUGAUUCGUUUACAAGGUGUUUCAAAUCAAACCCACCAGAGCCAUGGAAUUGGAAUAUUUAUUUGUUCCCUUUGUGGUGCUGUGGAGUGGUGAUUCGGUAUUUGAUUCUCUUCCCGGCAAGGGUUCUCAUAUUGACGAUAGGAUGGAUAAUUUUCCUUUCAACAUUUAUUCCAGUGAAUCUCCUUCUGAAAGGGCAUCCUAAACUGAGAGCUAAGUUAGAGAGGUUUUUGGUGGAGUUGAUUUGCAGCUUCUUUGUUGCAUCUUGGACUGGAGUUGUUAAGUAUCAUGGGCCACGGCCUAGCAUCAGACCAAAACAGGUUUUUGUGGCCAACCACACUUCCAUGAUUGAUUUCAUAGUCUUGGAGCAAAUGACUGCCUUUGCUGUUAUUAUGCAAAAACAUCCUGGGUGGGUUGGCCUGUUGCAAAGCACUAUAUUGGAGAGUAUAGGAUGUAUAUGGUUCAACCGUACGGAGUUGAAGGACCGUGAAGUUGUAGCAAAGAAGUUAAAUGACCAUGUUCGAGGGGCUGACAACAAUCCUCUUCUUAUAUUUCCUGAAGGAACUUGUGUAAAUAACCACUACUCUGUUAUGUUCAAGAAGGGUGCAUUUGAACUUGGAUGCUCUGUUUGCCCAAUUGCAAUCAAAUACAAUAAAAUUUUCGUUGAUGCUUUUUGGAACAGCAGGAAGCAGUCGUUCACUAUGCAUCUGCUGCAGCUCAUGACCUCUUGGGCUGUUGUUUGCGAUGUUUGGUACCUGGAGCCCCAAGUUUUGAAGCCUGGAGAAACACCCAUUGAGUUUGCAGAAAGGGUCAGGGACAUAAUAUGUGCUCGAGCAGGUCUUAAGAAGGUUCCAUGGGAUGGAUAUUUGAAGCACUCCCGUCCAAGCCCAAAAUACCGAGAACGUAAACAACAAAGCUUUGCCGAGUCAGUGUUGCAGCUAUUGGACAAUAAGUGAUGCUUGUCAGUAACUAGUCAAUAAACUGCAUUUACCCUUCUAAACCAGGUUCCUGCCCUGUAGCCCAAUUAUUCUGUUAGUAACUAUCGAGGAUGCACGGUGGGUGAGUAGGAAUCUUCUUUCAGGGAUGGGAUGAAAUCGUGUAGUUACAUAGAUAAUUGAAAGCCAUGGAGUGGAGUGUAGUUUUGUUAAGCAAGCUUCAAUUUUUGCAGAAAAACCUUCAUUUGAACACAUACAUACAUCUCCUCUUCAUUAAGGAGUUCUUAUCUUGUGCUUUUUAGUUCUGUAAUGAGCUUCGUGGUUUUGCUAUAUACAUCAGCUUAAGUUUUUGUUGGA